AUGCCUCUUGGAGUGACUGGAAGACUGCGCAGGGUGUCGGACAGCGAGGUCGAGCCCUUGGAAGAAGAAGAAGAAGAAGAAGAAGAAGAAGACGAAGAGACGAAGCGAAGCUGGAAGUUCUCGCCGACGCCGCAAAUGGAUGUGACGAGUGAAAAUGAGAAAGAAAAAAGAAAAAAAAAAGAAGAAAAAGACAAGAAAAUAAUAACAACAAGAAGAAGAAAAGAAGAAAAGAAGAAAAGAAGAAGAAAAGAUGACGAUGACAACGCAGGCUGA